UGCUUUCUCUCGCAAUAAGAUGCAUGUCGGACGCCAUCGCGUUUUCCAUAUAUAAAAAUUACGUGUUUUUUAUUUGAAACUGUAUGCGUACUCAUACUUAAUCUGUUUCACAUUUGAGUAAGAUGUGUUUUUAUUGUUUAUUUUAAUUUAAUAUAGUUUUGAAGUUCAUAAGUUUCGGUGAUGCAGGUGAAAAUGAAUGGUAAAAAGCAUAGUGGAACGGGGACUUUCUCGUCAGACGGCAUGAGAGCCGAAAUUUUAAAUCCGUUUGUACACAAAUUGGAAUUAGACAACACCUACGAUAAAAUCAGGACGGCAAUUUUCACGGUAAUCCUGCUGCCAUUCCGAGUGAUCGUGAUAUGCUACCUGAUUGUGACGGCAUGGUUCCUCGCGUGCAUCGGCCUCUAUGGUCUGAGCGAGGAGGACCUGAGGAGCAAGCCCAUGACUGGAUGGAGGAGCAAACUCCGUUUCUACAUUCUCUCUCUUAUGAAGUUGGUGGUGGUGGCGGCUGGUUUCCAUCGCGUCAAGGUGGUGGGUCGUGAGCAUAUAGCCAAAGGACGUGAGGCCCCCGUGGUGGUCAUAGCGCCUCAUUCCAGCUUCUUUGACGCCAUCGCUAUAGUCUGCCUCGGCGCUCCCAGUGUUGUCGCUAAGGCGGACACCGCGCGACUGCCGUUUAUUGGACAACUGAUAAACUACACUCAGCCUGUGUACGUGUGGCGAGAUGACCCGAACUCUAGGCAGAACACCAUCAAGGAAAUCAUUGAGAGGGCUACGUCUAAAGAGGAUUGGCCACAGGUGCUUAUAUUCCCAGAAGGCACAUGCACGAACCGAUCGUGCUUGAUCACCUUCAAGCCGGGUGGAUUCUACCCGGGGGUGCCCGUGCAGCCUGUGGUCAUCCGCUAUCCAAACGCAAAAGACACAGUCACGUGGACAUGGGAGGGGCCCGGCGCACUAAAACUGCUCUGGCUGACGCUCACCCAAGUGCACAGUUCGUGCGAGAUCGAAUUCCUCCCCGUGUACUACCCGAGCGAGGAAGAGAAGAAGAAUCCGAAGCUGUACGCGAGGAACGUUCGAGAUGUUAUGGCUCACGCCCUUGGUAUACCAGUACUGGAUUACACGUACGACGACUGCCGGCUGAUUGCUAAAGCGAAGCAACUCGGUAUACCAUCGGCUGCUUUCAUCAGAGAAAUCACUGAAUUACGUUCUCAACUCAAGCUAGACUGCACCAACCUGGAGAUGGAGCUGAUCAACGACGAGGGUCUGCAGAGCAUGACGCGCUGGCUCGACCUCAAGCAGUUCGCGCUGCGCCUGCGCAGGGGGCAGGUGGACGCGCCACUCACGCGGCUGUACGACAUCUUCCUGCAAAAGCCGAUCGGAAUGGUCCACUUCCCCGACUAUUUGCUUACGGCUGCGUUCAUAAUACUGCAAAAUGCGCCUCUCUCACAGUUCGUCUACUAUGCGUUUAAGAUCUUCGACCCAAUAGGCUCCGGUCGUCUGGACAUGAACACAUUCGAGCAGGUCGCGGCGCGCUGCUUCGGCCACAAUCCUGAGGACGCGCACAACGUGUUCCGUCACAUCGUUGGAGACGAGAAGGGACAUCUCACUUAUGAACAAUUCAUCGCCUACGCCCAGUUCAAACCGGAAUUCAGCUACUUGUUCGCUCAAGAAACAACUCAGAAGACGAAAGUGCAGUGAGAGUUGCACAUUCCCACCGUGUGCAGCAAAGUGCCAUAAAUUGGCACUAUGAGGUGGGACUUUCGGACUUUAGUCUGUUGGGACUUAAGGACUUUAGUCUGUCGGGACUUUCGGACUUUGGUCACCGGGAACUUUCGGGCUUUGGUCUGUCGGAACUUUCGGACUUUAGUCUGUCGGGACUCUCAGACUUUGGCCUUUGAGACAUUAGGAUUUUUCUUUGAGGAGAUUUGUCUGAGAUUGAGACUUUCGGACUUGGGGCUUUUAGACUGCUUCUGAUGGACUUUGAGCGACAUAGUCACCCUUCAUUAAUUUAUGGAGGACGUCCUCUAUGGAAAUAUAACUAUGACAGUACAGUGUUGGGGUUUUUAGACUGGUUGUGCUAAGAUUGGGAGAGGACUGUGCCGAACUUUGAAUUACUGGUGAUUAGUUGAGUAGUAUAAUAGUUAUCUUGGAAUAUUUUAUCUACUAAAUAGAUAAAUAAAUUUAAAUGAUUUUAAACCCUCAAGUACGUACCAAAUUGUGUAGAUUCUUUAACAUAUAGAAGCAUUAUAAUGCAUUUCUUUACUAGCAUUAUUGUAUAUCUUAAUGGAGAAGCAAUAUAAGUCAAAUUAGGAAUAUAUUGCUCAAUUUCUAGACUAACUUCUGUACUUAGGUUGUAUUGUAUAUAAUAUCUCUAUAGCAGCUCGAAACGCAGUAUUGGAAUUUAUUUGUUUGUAAUUAGAGGACUCUAUAGCAUAGUUUGUAGGUUCAAUUUAUAGGUAAUGUCCGUAGUAGUAUACAAUUAGUAAAUUUUAAAGUGCAGUUCAUAGUUCACACACUAUAAUUCUAAAUAAGUGAUCAUAGUUCAGUGUGUAGUUUAUAGUGUGUUGGACAGUUUCAUAGUUUAAUUCGUACGUUUAGUGACUACUUUAUUUUGACGUUCAUGGAUGAUUCAGUAGUAAAUAUAGUAGUUCGAUUGGCAAACCCAGCUCUCAGUGUUAUAGAUUACGAUAGUUUUAUAGUGCAUUACACUAUAAUGCUAUAUUAUAGUGUUAUGUUAAUGUCAUUCAGUACUUUAUAGUGUAACUCUAACAAUGGAUCAGUGGAACAUGUUAUUUGGAUAAUUUCAGUUUGUUAUAUUGCGAAUUAGGAGUGCAUCGUAAUGGCAAUUUUAGACAGUAUUGAUUAAAAAAUUUUCGUGUCAUUAUAUAGUUCAAUUAAUACCAACUCUAACAACUUUUUGUAGUUAUUAAUAUGUUAGUUGUGAACAAAAAUAUGUCAAUAUUUAUAGUGGAGUGGUGUUAGAAUGACAGUGAUGGCGCUAGAAAACCGAUAUAGCUGUCUCUUUCUCACACUGGAACUAGUACUGCUUUAAGACGACCCUGUAACCACUCUGGUGUUUAGGUGACUCGAUGACAUAGUGGCACACUAUAAUAAAUGUGUGAUGCUUUAUAGUUCAAUUGGAGUGUAUGCAAUUAUAAGGAUAGUACAACUUUAAAUAAGGACAACUAAAAAGUGACAUACCUAAUUGAUUGUGAAAUUUAAUUGAUAGAUAUAAGUAUUAUUAAUGUUAAUAGGAUUGAAUGAGAUCCAACCCAGUGUGGAUGAUGUGUGAAAAAUAUGAGUUUGAAACUCGGUUUAAAAGUUAUAUUUUAGGAUUUUCACAGGAAAUUUGUAAAUUGAAACAAAGAUGCCACUUUUAAAAUGAAUUGCUCCCGGGUUUAAAAACAUGUCUUUGCCAAGCGAGACAAAGGGAGUGUGUGUAUUAUUUGUUUUUUUUGUUUUGUAUAUAGAGCUUAUGUUACGUAAUUUAUGAUAAAUAAGUAUAUAAUAAAAUACUCUUCAAAAGAUUAUUAUCACAAGCAAAUACAAUUAUAUCUUUAAGAAGCAAUAUAUUUAAAUUCAUAUUCAUUGCUAUUAAUUCUAAAGCAUUGAGUAGUUUUUAAAAUUGUCAUUUUUGGAAAGUUUUGCUAUUUCUUAUAUCGCCGUCCCUUUCUGGUCAAUGCGAAUUUCUAAUGGAAAGAGAAUGGCAGAAAGGGACGGGUAUAUGGAUCAUGUUGACGUAACCGUAGUUAUGUGAUUUCUUAUAGUUAUUAAAUAAAUAUCUUCUAAAUGAAUGACAGGAACUAAGAUCACAUGAAUAUACGCUGAUUUAUGUAAUAAUAUCGUAUCAAUAUAAGCUAUUGUAUUUUAGAGCCAUUAUUUAUGUGAUAAAUUUAAGAUUAAAUCGUGAUUAGAAGCUAUUUAGAGGUUAUUAUGUAGAUAUUAGAUUUAAUCAAAUAAUACUCACUCAAAAAGCUAUAAACUGGUUUCAACGCUUGCUGAUAAUGUUGAUAGCCUAAUUGACACUGACGUAAAUCUUUAUACUUUAUCAUUCAUCUGCUAAAUAAGUUAAAUAGAACAUAUCAGUACGCUGUGAAACCAUUGAUAUAUAUCGAUAUUAUUAUUAUAACAUAGUUUUUU